GAGGCUGGUUCGCAAAGCAGAAAUUACGAUUGAGAGACCAGUCUUCGAAUACAGGCGGCUACAUUUUAGUCCGGUAAAAAGCUACAAUGUUGGAACCAAAGGACCCGGAUCUUUUGUGGAUAGUUAUUGUGGGUUUCAUUGUUGCCUUUGUCUUGGCUUUUGGAAUCGGAGCAAACGAUGUAGCGAAUUCAUUUGGAACUUCCGUGGGAGCCAAAGUGUUGACUCUCCGGCAAGCCUGCAUUAUUGCAACGAUCUUUGAACUGUCCGGAGCAGUUCUCAUUGGAGCCAGAGUAUCAGACACAGUAAGGAAAGGAAUCAUUGAUAUAAACUCCUUUAAUGGUACUGAAGAACUGGCUAUGAUUGGAUCACUGAGUGCUCUCAGUGGUACAGGAAUAUGGCUGAUAGUUGCAACAUUUUUUAACCUUCCUGUGUCAGGGACUCACAGUGUUGUUGGUGCUACUAUGGGUUAUGCAUUAGUGGCACAUGGGCUUGCAGGAGUCAAGUGGAAGACUUUUGGACUCAUUGCUGCAUCUUGGGUCAUAUCUCCAUUGCUGUCAGGACUUUCAAGUUCUAUCAUCUUUGUUCUUAUUCGACAUUUCAUACUUUCCAAAAUUAACGCAUUUGAUAUUGGUCUGAAGUCACUGCCUUUAUUUUAUGCCAUAACAAUAGCCAUUAAUUUCUUCUCAGUGUUCUACAAGGGAUCUCAUGUAUUGGGCUUUGAUCGCAUUCCACUGUAUGGUGUGUUAAUCCUGUCAGUUGGAGGUGGUAUUCUCUCAGCAAUUAUUGUACUCUUUGUUGUGUCUCCAUACUUGAAGAAGAAAAUUCUGAGGGAAGUAUAUGGUGAUGAAAGAGAAACAACUUUAUCUGCUGGUUCACCAGCUGCUGCCCAUUUCUCCAAAUCAACUUUGAUUAAAAGUAUUGAGCCAGAAGUUUUUACUGAUGAACAAGGUUCAAGAAAAUUCCUAGAAGAAAGCAGCCAAUGUGAGGAUGAUACAGUGACAUUAACUCUGCCUUCUGAGUGUUCUGUUUCCACGCAAGCACAAGACACACCCAACAAUGAACAAGCCCCAGAUACACCUAGUGAUGAACAAAACUUAAGUUGCUCACCCUCCAGUGAGAUGCAAUGUGAUACUAAGGAACUGAUUCAAGAGAAUGGUGGUCUCAAUGAGGCACAUAAGGAACGAGCAAGAUCACGGGGAAUGUCUCUCCUGAUGGAGGCACGGAUGCAAGUAACAGAUGAACCCAAAACUGGACGGCUUUUUGCUUUUUUGCAGAUAUUGACUGCUUCAUUUGGAGCCUUUGCACAUGGUGGAAAUGAUGUGAGCAAUGCUAUUGGUCCAUUGAUCUCAUUGUGGGUUAUUUACUGGUCAGGAAUGAUUCAAGAGAAAGUUCAGAUUCCAAUCUGGAUUCUUGUUUUUGGAGGUGUUGGAAUAUGCAUUGGGCUCUUUGUUUGGGGACGACGUGUUAUCAAGACAGUUGGAGAGGAUCUAACUCCAAUAACACCAUCAAGUGGUUUUGUGAUUGAAAUUGGCUCAGCGCUAACUGUUCUGUGUGCAUCUAAUCUUGGCAUUCCAAUCAGUACCACACAUUGUAAAGUGGGCUCUGUUGUUAUGGUUGGCAGAGUGCGGUCCAAGGAAGUUGUUGAUUGGUCAUUAUUCAGGAAUGUUAUACUGGCCUGGGUUAUUACUAUGCCUUUUGCAGGUUUGAUAUCUGCUGGUCUAUUUGCGGCACUGAGAGAAGCUUUGUGAUAGAAGAAAGGACUUCUUUGGCGUUCUGUUUGAUUUUUUUAUGUAAACAUUCAGUCUUAACACCAAUUUCUUUCUUACUUAGUUCUGAGAGUUUGGUAAUAGAAUACACGUGCAAAAUAAUAAAGACCAGCAUGAGUAUGAAUCUAUUAUCAAUCUAUGAAUUUUAACAAGGGUUAAGAAGUUACACUGUGUUGGUAAUUUGUAGGCUGUUCUGAAUGAAGGCCAGAGAAGGAGAGGGACUCUCAAGUGAUCAUUGCAUUAUGGUCAUAUAGGACAUAUGCAGCAUGUUACCCAGACCCUCCCUUCAUUUUGACACAAAUUUUUGAUUAAAUAUCUGAAAUACAACAGUCAGCAAAUCAGUUCUUGUGUGCUCAUUGACAGAAAGGAGAGAAUCCCUCAGGGUUUAACUGCAUGUGGAAUUUCAUUUUUAUUGUGUUAAUUGUACUUUGAAGACAACUAUAAAAGAUAUUGAUUAGUCAUUAAAAGGUAGAUUAAAAUUUAAACUUCUCCAUCAUAUAUCUUCACUCUGCUUAUCUUUCAUUUUACAUUGCAAGUAUUGUUAGUGCUGGGAAUAACCUGUAAAUAAUGAAUAGGAUUUAAUUGGAAACUGGAACAGCUAGCUUCCAUCAAAUCUUAUAGUGUUCUUCAGUUCCUCUUGAUUAUAUCUUACAUCCGUCACGUGAUUACGGGUAUUUUAAAUUAAACACGCUAUAAUUUCACCAAUGGGAACCAAUAAAAUUCAGCGAAGUAGGCAAUAUUGCAUACCUUUGUUUUGUAGCUAAUUAAAACAUAUUACCGAGCUCAAAA